CUCAGUGGCAGCAGCAGGUUUGUGAGAGCAGCAGAACAGAGGAGGAGGAAGAAGAAGGAAGGAGGAGGAAUCAGAGCGAGAGAAACCGUGUGGCUGCAGUCAGGAGGGACACAAACACUGAGCGAGUGAGAGAGAAGGAGAUACAGAGAGAAGAGAAGGUUUCUUCCCCUCUUCACCUCACUGACCCAUGAAAGAAGCCAUGCCGGUCCUCACAGCAGGAGCGGGGCUUCAUGAAACGUUGGCCCUGCUGACCUCUCAGCUGCGGCCUGACGCCAAUCACAAAGAGGACAUGGUCUUCCUCAAAGAUGUCUUCAGUGAGAAGAGCUUGGGAUACCUGAUGAAGAUCCAUGAGAAGUUGAGACAGUAUGAGAGACAGAGUCCAACACCCGUCCUUCACAGUGCCUCUUCUCUGGCAGAGGAUGUGACAGAGGAGCUGCAGAGCGGACCAAUGAGCACCGAGGAGAAGGAGCUGCUGCACUUGCUGACCUCACCACAUCUCAAGGCCGUCCUCUCGGUGCAUGACACCGUGGCACAGAAGAACUUUGAUCCGGUGCUGCCACCACUCCCCGAUGACUUUGAGGACGAGCUAGAGGAAGAGUCGGUGAAGAUUGUCAGGCUGGUGAAGAAUAAAGAACCUCUGGGAGCAACCAUCAGGCGGGAUGAAGCCACUGGGGUGGUGGUGGUGGCUCGGAUCAUGAGAGGAGGAGCAGCCGACCGAAGUGGGUUGGUGCAUGUAGGAGAUGAACUCAGGGAGGUCAAUGGAGUCUCUGUAAUCCACAAGAGGCCUGAUGAGAUCAGUCAGCUGCUGUCCCAGUCCCAGGGCUCCAUCACUCUAAAGAUAAUCCCUGCCAUUAAAGAAGAGGACCGCCUGAAGGAGAGCAAGGUGUAUAUGAGAGCUUUGUUUGACUACACCCCUUUGGAAGAUAAAGCAACGCCUUGCCAAGAAGCAGGACUUCCCUUCAAGCGGGGGGACAUCCUGCAGGUCGUGACCCAAGAUGACCACACGUGGUGGCAGGCCAAGCGUGUGGGAGACAGCAACCUGCGGGCCGGACUCAUCCCAUCCAAACUGUUCCAGGAGAGGCGACUGGCCUACAGGAUGAAAAUGGGCACACUCCCGAAUCCAAAAUCCCCUAAAAAGCCUGUCUAUGACCAAGGAUGUGAUAAAGAGGACUGUGACUGUGAGGGCUAUUUCAAUGGACAGUACAUAGUCUCUCCUAAGUGUAAAGCAGUGGCGCCCUCCUGUGGCCAGGUGUUUUCCUGGGAAUUUUAUUCAGCUGGUUUACGGAGGAGUUUCCGGCUGAGUCGUAAGGACAGGCAAGGAUCCUCCGGAGAAGGCUCUGAUUUUGGGGACAGCGACUAUACGACUUAUGAAGAGGUGACCCGCUACCAGCAGAGGCCCAAUGAGAGGCCCCGUCUGGUGGUUCUGAUCGGAUCUCUUGGAGCACGAAUCAAUGAACUCAAACAGCGAGUGAUUGCUGAAAACCCACAUCGUUUUGCAGUGGCUGUACCACAUACCACCAGGCCCAAGAAGCCUCAUGAGAAGGAGGGUGUGGAGUACCAUUUUGUCACCAAACAGCAAUUUGAUGCAGAUGCUUUAAACAACAAGUUCAUAGAGCAUGGGGAAUACAAGGAGAACCAGUAUGGCACCAGUAUAGAGGCUAUCCGCUCUGUGCAGGCCAAGAAUAAAAUGUGUGUAGUGGACGUUCAGCCUGAGGCCUUGAAGAGGCUGCGGACAGCAGAAUUCAAGCCCUAUGUAAUAUUUGUCAAACCUCGUGUUCCUGAGAGCAGACGUCGCCGCAGCGCUGCCACUUCACCAGGAGGGGGAGAGCACGGCCGCACAACAGAUGAAGACCUCCAAGAGAUGCGUCAGUCUGCCAUUCAGAUUGAUCAGCAGUAUGGACACCUGGUGGACCGGGUGUUGAUCAAGGAGGACUCAGCCAGUGCCUGUUCAGAACUGCGAGGUAUCUUGGAAAGGCUGGAGCGAGAGUCCUUCUGGGUGCCUAUCAACUGGGUGAGGACCUAAACCUAACUUCCAGAAGAACUUCACAGCCACUUCAACCAAAUCCUGCACCAGUCCUCUCAUAAUGAGCUGAUUCCCUUCCCUAAAAGAGCUGCUCCCCAGCCUUGGGGUGCGCUGAACUCUGACUGAUGCAGGGCUGGUCAGACAGCCAUAAACUAAUGCACAAUAAGGAGAGGAUGAUGUCAGAGGAAUACCUCGUUGUCUGGGGUGUUGCAGCAGAUCGACAGCUCCCAUGGCCGAGAAAUCACAGUCUGACUAUCACUUCAAGUAAUAUUUAUUAUUUUUAAAUUAUUUAUUUACUUCAAAGACAAGGGAAAGAUGCAAGUUGUAGUUUUAAAAGUGUUUUAAUUCCCCACGCUGUCACAAGAGUGUGGCAGGUUUGGGGUCCUACUCAGAGGAUUGCUCAGUCAGUCAGCUUUAUUGUGACUCUUGUUGGAGUACCUUUAGUAGCAUGUUUUUUUAGGUUUGCAGUUUUAUUUAACUCAAUUCCUAUCACCGAAUGCUUCCUCUUAAUUCUUACUGGUCAUGCAUCCUGUACAGUAUUAUAUACUAUGAAAAAUUCUGCAAAACAGGAGAAAAUUAUAUAUAAAGUUAAGUGAAUGUAAUUUGAAACUACUGUGUUUUUAUGCCGAAUAUAAUUUCCACACAUGGACGGGAACAAAAUAAUAUCCAAAUGGAAUGUGAGGAUUUCAUUUUCUACUAAACAAUUUGUUUAUGGGACUCGCAUGAAAACUGAUUCCUCAGUCUCAGAUGUAAGUAUUGUAAUUGUUACCUCCUCGUGUGCCAACGAAAGAUGUCGUAGCACUUCAAUGCAACCUGUUUACCUUUGGUCCCUGGAAACCCACAUCUGUGUAGAAUAAUGCCGUGCGCAAAGUGUGUGUGUGGGUGGAUGUCACAUUCACAAACCUGAGAUGCCCUUGCACAUUUCUGUAUUUGUACUACAGUAGAAGAGGCAGGGACUGGUUGUCUGUUUUAUUUGUUUUAAAAAAACAAUGGGGAGAUGGAAUACAUGAUAUCCAUGGAUUGCAAAUCCUUUGUGUUUAUCAGCAGAUCAUUUAGUUAAGUUAUAUUUUAAUUCUAUCGUCAAGCAAAAAUGCCAAACCUUAUGUGAUCACUGUUUAAGAAAAUACAACCCAUGAACAGAUUAAAGGCCUAACUACUACUAAAUUUGAGGUCAUUAAUGAUUAACAUUGGCAAAAUACUAUAGAUGAGGUUAAUGGAUAUAGUUAGUAAAAAGUUGUUUUACUAGCUGUAAUAAAAUCUCUUCCUAUCACAUUUAAACAUGUUGGUUCUGUGUAAAAAUGUGUACACAAGUUUAGCCUGAGCUAAUAUAAGUUAGCCAUAUCAAAUGGUUUUUGUACCAGAUUUAUACUUUUUGGUACAACAUGUUCUGAUUUUGUUUCCAUCCCUUUGAUGCAGCUCAGCAAUGGAUAAGAGGAACUUUAACUGAAUCCCUUCUCUCUCUCAGAUUGUUGAAGCCUUUUAUUUGCGUCAGCUAAACUUAAAAUAUUAUAAUUUCACAGAACAAGGAUUUUGUCCCUUUGCAAUUAUUUCUGAAAUGACUUUAGGGGGGAUAUGUUUCAGUCUGCAGGGAGAAGAGAGAUAAUUACGAAGAACAUUAGCUCCUUUCAAGUACAUAUCAGCAUGUGAAUAUCAUAUCAAAAUAGACUUGUAAGAAUGUAAAUCUACUUUAUUGGGUUUAUUGACACAAAACCGAUGAUCUACUGUAUGUGACUUGACAAAAGUAUGGUAAAACGAUACAUUCUACACCAACAUUUUUAUUGUUUGUUUGGUUAAAAUGAAGCAGCUUCUAGAUGCUUUAAAAAAAAAAAAAAGAUGCUAUGUUCUCUUGAUGUCUUAAUGUUCUGGAUAAACUCAGAAUGUUGAGUUUGUAACAUGACCUGUACAAAGUGCCAUAAUUAAAGCUAGC